UCCUCCCCUUUUUCCUCCUCCUCCUCCUCCUCCUCCUCCUCCUCCUCCGCCGCGCCACUUCCAGGGGAGGCUGGUGUCAUGCGGCUGGCGCCGAGGGAGGGGUGCCCGGGGCCGCAGCGGCAGUGAGAGGAGCCGAGCCGAGCGCCCUGCGAUGACAGCCAUGAAGGAGCAGCCGGCGCACCCGGGCGGCAGGGGGAACCCGCCGCCGCCGCAGCCCGACCAGGAACUUGGAAGUAACAGCCCUCCGCAGAGGAACUGGAAGGGAAUUGCUAUUGCGCUGCUGGUGAUUCUAGUUGUUUGUUCACUCAUCACUAUGUCUGUCAUUCUUUUAACUCCAGAUGAACUUGCAAAUUCAUCGGAAACCAGAUUGUCUCUGGAAGAUCUCUUCAGAAAAGAGUUCAUAGUUCAUAAUCCAGAAGCCAAAUGGAUUAAUGAUACAGCAGUGGUGUAUAAAAAUAGGAAUGGACAUGUUGUUGAACUGAAUGUAGAAACAAAUACAACUACAUUAUUAUUGGAAAAUACAACUUUUGUAACAUUCAAAGCAUCAAGAUACUCUGUUUCACCAGACUUAAGAUUUGUUCUUCUUGCAUACGAUGUUAAACAGGUUUUUCAUUAUUCUUAUACAGCUUCGUAUGUGAUUUAUAACAUACACACAAGGGAAGUUUGGGAGUUAAACCCUCCAGAAGUAGAGGAUUCAGUUUUACAGUAUGCAGCCUGGGGCGUCCAAGGGCAGCAACUGAUUUAUAUUUUUGAAAAUAACAUCUACUAUCAGCCUGAUGUAAAGAGUAGCUCAUUGCGUCUGACAUCUUCGGGAAAAGAAGGAAUUAUUUUUAAUGGAAUUGCAGACUGGUUAUAUGAAGAGGAACUUCUUCAUACUCAUGUUGCCCACUGGUGGUCUCCAGACGGUGAAAGACUGGCGUUCCUGACCAUAAAUGACUCUCUGGUACCAAACAUGGUUAUUCCCCGGUUUACUGGAGGUCUAUAUCCAAAAGGAAAGCAGUAUCCAUAUCCUAAGGCAGGUCAAACAAACCCAACAAUAAAGCUGUUUGUAGUUAAUCUGUAUGGACCAGCUCAUACACUGGAACUGAUGCCACCUGACAGCUUUAAAUCAAGGGAAUAUUACAUCACAAUGGUGAAAUGGGUAAGCAACACCAAAGCUGUGGUGAGAUGGUUAAACAGACCUCAGAAUAUCUCCAUCCUUACGGUUUGUGAAACCACGACUGGGGCUUGCAGCAGGAAAUAUGAAAUGCAGUCAGACGUGUGGCUUCCUAAACAGAAUGAAGAACCAGUUUUCUCCAAGGAUGGCAAUAAGUUCUUCAUGACUGUCCCAGUAAAGCAGGGAGGCCGGGGUGAAUUUCACCACAUAGCCAUGUUUAUUGUUCAGGCUAAAAGUGAACAAAUCAGUGUGAGACACCUGACAUCGGGAAACUGGGAAGUUAUCAAAAUCCUAGCAUAUGAUGAAAAUACUCAAAAGAUUUAUUUCUUAAGCACGGAAGAAUCCCCAAGAGGAAGACAGCUACAUAGCGUAUCAACAGUGGGAUCAUUGAAUCGUCAGUGUCUCUCAUGUAACUUCUUGAAAGACCAGUGCACAUAUUUCAGUGCAAAGUUUAGCCCCAUGAAUAGGCAUUUUUUACUGCACUGUAAAGGGCCAGGCGUUCCGGUUGUUAGUGUGCACAGUACAAGUAAUACUGCAAAGUUUUAUAUUUUGGAAAAUAAUGCUGUGUUGAAAGAAGCUGUUUAUAAGAAAAAGAAUUCCAGGACUGAAAUUAAAAUGCUUCACAUUGAGGACUACGAACUCCCUUUACAGUUGUCACUGCCAAAAGAUUUCACGGAUCGAAACCAGUAUGCCCUUCUAUUAAUAAUUGAUGAAGCUCCAGGCAGCCAGUUGGUUACAGAUAAGUUUCACAUUGACUGGGACUCAGUGCUUGUCAACUCUGAUAAUGUCAUCGUAGCUCGAUUUGAUGGCAGAGGGAGUGGAUUUCAAGGCCUUAAGAUUCUACAGGAGGUCCACCGAUGCUUAGGAUCUGUGGAAGUGAAGGACCAAAUAGCAGCUGUAGAAUCACUAUUGAAACAGCCCUUCAUUGAUCCUAAGAGACUGAGUAUAUUUGGAAAGGGAUAUGGUGGCUACAUUACAUCAAUGAUCCUGAAAUCCAGUGAACGACUCUUCAAGUGUGGAGCUGUGGUGGCACCAAUUACAGAUAUGAAGUUAUAUGCAUCAGCUUUUUCAGAAAGAUACCUUGGUACUCCAUCAAAAGAGGAAAAUACCUACCAAGCAUCCAGUGUAUUACACAAUCUUCAUGGUUUAAAAGAAGCAAAUUUGCUAAUAGUUCAUGGGACAGCUGAUGCUAAAGUCCACUUCCAGCAUUCAGCAGAACUAAUUAAACAUCUAAUAAAAGCCGGAAUUAAUUACACUAUGCAGAUCUACCCAGAUGAAGGUCAUAACAUUGCUUCUGAGAAAAGCAAAUAUCACCUUUACAGCACAAUCCUUGGGUUUUUUAGUGCUUGUUUAAAGGAGGAGACACCAAUUUUACCACAGGAACCUGAAGAGGAUGAAUAAGGAAGCCUAUUUGUGUAGUACUGAAGGGGACUUACUUUGUGGCUCAAUAAAACCUUAAAUAAAAGUGACUGUAAGAUUGCAGAUUCUGCAGAAGCUCAAGGGCAGCUAAAGGAUAUCACAGUGGAACAGCACAUUUAGACACAAUGAGCUAAUAAACUGGAAUUCGACUACAAAGUCCAAACGUAUUACCAAGGGACAAAACCUUUACCUUUGUGGAAGGUGAACAGUUGGUUACAGUUUCCUGGAAGAACUUAGUUUUGCAUAAGUGUAGGGUUAGUGCAUGUUUGUUAUGUUAAGCCUCACUGUUGGUUCUGUAAGUGGUUGCUCGUUUUUUAAUUUAAAUGCACAUCUUUAUUCAUCUUUGCAUAAUGCACAACCUAUCAUAAGUAUUAUGGCCACUAAUAUUUUAAAAGGUGAGCUGCAAUCUAACACUACUGUAAUGUUACAAUAAGUGCAAUUCUUUCGCUGUCUAUUACACAUAAGAAACCACAGAGAUAAUAAAGGGCACGAUAUUUUCUCUAGUUUCUGCUCAAAGGGGAUAUAUUGUCUAGUGCAUCAUACAACAUUGAUAAUGAAAAAUGAUUUUUUUUUCCCCAAUUUCAACAUUUACUAUUAUUACUGUACCUACUAGUAACCAGUAAGGGAAUUUUUGGUAGUGUACUCUUGGUCUUUAUGUAUAUACCCAGGACUCCCUAAGCAGAAAGUCUUUCUGGGCUUGAAGAAUUUUUUUCAAGACAUAAUUAACAGCUGUAUUUAAAACAAUAUCCUGCAAUUGAAAUCUUUCCCCAGUCCAAAAUGUAUCUAUUGUUUCCUUAAAAUAUGUUUGAGUUGUGUUUUGGUAUUGUUUAUAGUAGUUAACAGUUUGCUGGUUACACUCUAAUUUUAGAAUAUGCUACUUUGUCACAUGUAAAUUAGAUACAUAAAUAUUAAAUUAUAGUUUCAGAUAAAGAAAAUUUAUUAACAAUGUAUAAUGCCACUGAGUAAUACUUUACUCCUCAAAUGAAGACAUAUUUUGUAUCGUGCAUCUUCCUUUUCUUCCAUCUGGUCUCAGAUGUAAUUCUGAUGUUCAUCAAGGUGGCCACAUAGCUGGAACACGCCAUUAGCUUUUAUUCCAGGGCUGCUCAUUAAGUCUCUUGCAAUGAGGUUUAGCUUCAACAGCAUCACAAAGAAAUGAAAUGUUUUUCAUUCAAGGCAAAGGAAGCUCCUGACAAGUUAAAUUUUAUUAUUUAUUCAGAGGGCGAGUCCCUCAUACAUCCAUUUAUUUGCCAAGGUGAAUUACAGCAGUAUAAAUUGAAACUAUGAAAUAAACAAGGCAGGCAGUUUGGGUUUGCAGGAUAUUAACUGUGAUCACUGAAAUCAAGUACAGUGUUGAAUUAAUUUGAGAUAACUUCCUGAAGGUAUGUGAAAACUCUUGACAGAUGCUGUGCCACUUACAUGAGAAUAGCUGUAGCUUUUUUCUUUCUGGAUAUAUUCCAAAUACUUUCCUACUCAAUUAAGUUUUCAUUUCUUGCAAGAUUAAAAAGAAAGUAAUUUUUUUAAGGUAACUAUACUAUUUAAGAUGCAAAGUUCUGCAUAUUUUAUGAAGAAUGGGAAUUUGUUUUAAUGUAAUCAAAAAUCACCUGAAGCUUUUUACUCAUUGCUUUCUUCUGGAAUAUUUUCUUUCACAGUUAGCAUUUUUUUAUGAUGCAAAUAAUUAAUUUGUCUGAAAGGUGUGGUUUUAUGGAACACUGAAAUGUCUCUGUCUUUUAAUGUUUAGUAUUUAUCUUGUUUUAUUAGCAAUGUUUAACUAUUUUUCAAUUAGUUUAAUACAAUUCUAAUGUGCAAUGGUAUCUUGUUUGGGUCCCAGUGUCGCCACAAAGUAUGGCUUUCCAUUGUGGUAUUUAUAGUACAUAUGGAGUCCAUAUGUCUAGGAUAAUUACGGUAUAUAUGUAUGAAGGCUACUAUAUGAACUACAAUAAGACCAUGCAAAACAACAAAAACAGUAAGAGAAGAAUUCAAACAAGGUAUGCAAAUCUUGUUUUCUAUAGAGGAGCAACAUUUUAAAGUCUUCUGUUGGCUGGGACUUCUAGAUUGUGAUUUUAUAAAUUAUACACAUUGCUUAAUAGAGGCUCACCUGACAAUACUGAUGCUUUUCCUAACCAAACACAGUAAAUGAGGUCCAGUUGACUCAAUCCAGUUGAAUUCAAUGAGACCCUUUUCCCAGUUUGAGCCAAAUAUACACCAAGAAACCACAAGCUGUGUGCUCAGGUUGAGCAUACCACAUGGACUCGGCGUGCGGGGGCUACGUGAAAAGGCUAAUUCUUCUCAGUGUGUGCUGGCUGUUUUUCUGUGAGACAGCCACUACGUGCUCAUAUUUACUACGUUUCACAUAUAUAGCCUUUAGUUACCUGCAAAAGAAAACAAUCAAGGCUAGUGUCUCAGCAAUAGCAUAAUGCAUGUGCUCAGGAAAUAUGUUAUCCCAGACCUGUGGAGCCCACACCAUGUCUCCUUCUUUCCUCUUAGCUCUCUGUUUCAGGACCUCAUUCCCUACUCUUUCUACUCCAGCAUCACACCUCAAAUUUUGAUCAAUUUACCUGAAUAUGAAGGUGGCAUGAGGACAUGGCUUCUGUAAGAAUGCUUUUGCCAGGACUGCUAUGUUUAAAAAGUGUGUUAUCUGAAAUGUGGGUUAUCUCUGUGGAAAUGUGGUAUGCUUCUAGUGUUCUUAAUAUUUCUCACACUGUCCUACAAAUACAAAUAUUUUUAUAUAAAUAUGUAUACAAGGGUGAGCAUCAGACCCUAAUUAAUUGGUUUUACUGAAAUUUUUAUGUAUGGGUUAAAUUCAGAUAUUACAAAAGUAUUUGCAGAUGCAGCCUCUGGUUCUAGUUAGACUAAAGAAUUUGGUGCAAGGGUUAUCUUUUCUCUUGCUAACCUGUUCAAAAUUUCCUCCACUUACAGUGCAACUGAGUAUUGUUAUCUAUCAGAUUCUACAUACAUAACUAAUCGCAAUCACUCAUUAAUUAGUCCAUGUGAUCUAUAGUAUUGAUCAAUAAUUAGUACACAUUACACAGAAUUGUCAUGAAAAUCAUAGAUUUUUCAUAGCUUAUCCAUUGUUGAGCAGUUUGAUUAUAUUUUAGGUCUGAAAAAUUACUGUUUGAUUCAGCUGUCCUUAAAAUAUAACACUUAGACUAGACCUAUUAAUUUAUGGAAAGCUAGGGAAUCAGCAUAUCCAUUUACUGCUUGCUAGAGCUUAUCUCUACCUUCUUGACUUCCUCUCUCCUUUUUCUGCUAUUAAGACUUGCAAAAUCUAUGAAACCUGUAGGUCAUAUUGAAAUUUCAAUUAAAUUACAAAAUCAGGAGUAACUACAUGCUAAUUAUAAUAUUUUUUCCAGAUUGUUGAGUACAAAGAAAGGCUGAUUAUUUUUAAAUUCAUUUUUUUAAUCUUUUUGCAGUGAGGACAGAAUUAUUUAUGACCUCGUCUGCUAUGGUUUGCUAUAUCCAACUGCUCAUUGUUCCUAUGUUUUUGGCAUAUGUAGAUCUACCAUCUACCCAUAUCUGAAAAUGAAAAUGGCUGCCUCUGUUCUCUCAUCUCCAGCACUUAUUUUGAAUAUGGAGUCAGUUAGGUUCACUUAGUUGUGAAAUUGUGCUUUUAAAGACAGAAGAGCUUGUAUUUGAUCUGAAGCCAAAGAUCCUCUGUGGAAACUGGAGUGUUGAGUGCUGGGUCCUUUAAUAAAACACAGAGAAUACAAGGUGUAACCUAGUAUCCCUCCUUGCAGGUUCUUAGAUGUUACUGGAGAAACUGAAGCAAGAAGAAGACUGGCCCAAAGAAACUGAAUACCAGUUUCUUUUGCACAGCCUAAAAACACAUAGACAAGGUGCAGUGGUUGUAGCGUUUUAUGUUUACUUCAGGUAACUCCUUCUGUCAAGUCAGUUGCCUCUGAGGAAGGAAGAACCUCACUGGUAUUGGCUACUGGUACAUCUUUUCAGUACCACUAAGAUCCCUUCUCUUUUUCUUUUGAACAAUUUCAAGAGUGCUUCAGAGGAAGGGGAGCUCGUGAGAUGUGGUUAAGGAGAGUCACAACUUCCAAGGUACCUGCAGCUUUGAAAAGAUAAGAAAGGAUUUAGCUAAACUUCUAUCUGUUGCAUUUCAUACAUGAAAGUCGAGAAGGAGGCUGGCUUUAAGGAGGUAGGUAGAUGACAAGUGUUGGUGAUUCACUCACCAGGGAGGUAACACAACGUGCUUCCUGCAAACCUAGUGCCAAAAUGUGCAGUGGUAAGUAAAAUAGAUGCCUGUUUUCCAAUGCCUGAAAAUUACAGUGCUGUUAGAUUAAGUUGUUCAGGUAUUUGGAUAGAAUUAAGGAAAUUAAACCACCUAAGCAUAUGCAGUCCAAAGUUUCCAUUAAACUUGGGACUAGACUUCUUGCCUGUAUAAUUAAUUUAGAAAUCCAAUAUCCUACCUUUACAGAAGUCUAACUCAACAACAACAAAAUUGAUUUAAUAAUGGCUAUACCCCAUGAGGACACGAAUGAUAUGUAUAAUUCUUUUUAAUUAACAUAUCCCAUAAAGUGCUAACAGCCCAUUUUUAGAUUUCAUGAGCAAAGGAAAAAAAUCAAAAUCAAAAAAACUUCUGAUUGAUAAAACAGAGAGAAUAUAACUGGUGGGAAGGUACUCAGGAAAUAUUUGCCUAAGGAAAAUGAUUAGAAAAAUAUUUUCUGCUAGAAUGUAUUUUGUGUCAUAAGCAAGCUCAGAGUACAGCUGUCAGGGGUGCUUCUAAGAGAAUUUAGAUGUUGAUGUACAGCUGAUGUCCAGAGGGCUGAGGAAGGAAGCAGGUACCUGUAUGGGCAGAGGGUCCCAUUCUCCACCCAGUGCAGCAAUCUGUGAAGGAGGGUUAUAGUCCAUGAGUUUAGUCUGCCCAAGUCCCUUCUGGAUCCAGCAGGGAUCCAGGUGCUGGAAUGGGAAUGCAAUUCAUAGGUGAAGACAUGAAAUUGUUUACAUCAGGAACAAGAAAAAUAUUUUUAAGCAAUGAUUAAGCAGUAUGGUUGUCUUGCUAUUCUCCAGUUAGUCAAAGGGGAGGGUGGGGAGGGUUGGCAGGGCACUCGGUGAUGGAGUCAAACACACUCCAGCUGAGAGACCAACUGGCAGAAAUUACAGCUCCAGCAGGGUUUGUGAAUGCUCUAACAUCCAUGUGAAAAAAAGGGAAUAUAUGCAUGGACAGAAUAUUUUGUCUCUGUUAAUAUCAUGAAAGUUGUUUUAAUAAAAUGAGCACAUCCUUCCAAAAUCUAAACAAAUAGCAGAACAAGCACGCUGGUUUGUUCCACUAGCGGCACCUGUCAGCCUCUUACCAGCAUAUACAUUUGACAAAUAAAAUAAUGUGUAGGAUCCAUUCUUGAGAAGGUUUUUCAGCACCAUUAGGAGAGACGUAAGAAAGAAGAGUAUUGUGAGGAGACAGAUGUUUUAUUGCAAUAUGUUGCUCUAUUCAGAGCUUUUGCUCUAAAAUAAAGUGGUGUAACAUGUACCACAAACUGAUAACCUUAGAGACAAAUGUAGCCGGUGCUUGAUUCAAUAAACUUUCAACUAAAUCAGGAGAACCAGAACAUUCAGUUAUUUUCAGAGAAGAAUGAUGAAUUACAUGGUUUCUUAGGGAUAUUUUGUCCUGUGUUUCAUUUGUAUCCUACAUUUCAGAUAGUCAUUAUAAUAUAGAAAUUGUUGAAUUUAAUUCCACAUUUGAAAUAAGCAAUUACAGUGAAAUCUUUUGGCUUGAAAAACAGUACAAAUUGUUAUGUUUAAAGUUAUUUACAUUAUCAAAUUAACUAUUCUUUGUUUUGGGUUUUAUUAGACACUGCAUUUGUUGGGCUGAUGGGUUGACAUUUUUUUUUAAUUGAAAUGGAAAUUGUACUAACUUGGGCAGAGAGGCUUAUCUGUUUUUGUAAGAAUUGCUUGUGGAAAUACAGUGAGUCUGAAUACCAGUGAAAUAUUUGAAGGAGAUAUUAUAGAACACGAUAUGAAAAAUAUGCAUUACCCUAGGACGCUGAGGACUACAAAUGAAGGAACAUGUACAAUCAUUUUGCAGUGUAAUCAGAAUUAAGCAAGACAAAAUAAAAGGCAGAGUGUAAACUUGAUUUAGGCGGAACUUUCAGGCUUAAAAGGAGCACUGUGAGAAAGUGUAUCAAAUUUUGUGGCUCUGCUUCAUCUUAUGUUUUUGAGUUCAAGAACUUGUUUCUGAGAUGGGGCUGGAAGCAAGGCUGUGGUCAGAUUGGUCAGAUUUUUCCAACAGGGACAUGAGUGACUAACAGUACAUUUUCUUUACCAAAAAAAAAAAAAAAUCAAGGCGCAGAGUGUAAGCUAAGCACUUA